AUGUUCUCUGCAGGACGGAUUUGGGCUCGACCCCAGGGCUGGCUGUGCAAAAGUGCAAUUCGCAGUUUCUGGCUUUCUUCGGCAAGAUAUGCCACCAGGGCGCUUAGACCAUAUCAGGCGGAAUGCAUUAAACAGUGUGUGAAUACAUUAAAAGAGGGAAAAAAGCGGAGACUAGCGGUUAGUAUUGCCACGGGAGGUGGCAAAACUUUUGUUUUCACAAAGCUGAUUCCGAGAUUGGUCGAAUUACCACUUCCAGAUCCAAGCAAUGGUGAAAAACGUGGAAACGGUGUUCUCAUAUUAGUUCACAGAAAAGAAUUGGCAGAUCAGGCAAUGCGAUCUAUACGGAGCUGUAAAGAGCUUGAGGGAUGCGAUGUAUUUCUUGAGAUGGCAAAGGCAAAUGUGACACGAGAGAUGCUUGAGGCAGAAGGUGACAAGUUGUUUGUUGUGAUUGCCAGUGUACCAACAUUAGCGAGAUCCAAAGAGAGACUAAUGAAGUUUCCAAAGAAUACAUUUCGGGGAAUCAUCGUAGACGAGUGCCAUCAUGCUGUUAGUGACUCGUAUCUACAGAUCUUUAGGUGGUUCAACUGCCUCAAGGAGAAAAAUUGCUCGUUUAAGGAAAGUCCGUUUUUAUUAGGAUUCUCGGCAACCUUAAAAAGACACGAUAAGAAGCCUCUUCGGCAAGUUUUCGACGAGAUUGUAUAUGAGAAAUCAAUGGUCUCGCUUGUGGAUGAGGGCUACUUGGUCGAUUGUGAUUGGAAGAUGGUCGAAGCUGGUUUUCGACUCUCCGCCGUCGAAAUGGGAGGAGACGGAGAUUAUAAGCUUGAUUCGUUGGCAAAACACGUCAACACCAGCGAGACAAACGUGUUGGCGCUUAAAACUUACAAGUAUUUCAGGCAGAAACGCAACAUCAAGUCGACACUCGUUUUUUGCUGUGAUGUUGAACAUAUGCAGGCUCUCGCAAAGCUUUUUGCAUUGAAUGGAAUCAAAGCUGAAUACGUUACGGGAUCUACGACUUUGUCUGAUAGAGCACAGACCAUUGAGAAGUUCAAAAAUAGACAGAUCGAGGUUCUUAUUAACUGCGGUGUUUUCACUGAAGGUACCGAUAUACCAAAUAUCGACUCAAUUCUUCUUCUUCGGCCUACAAAAUCCCAGCCGUUGCUUACACAAAUGGUUGGAAGGGGUUUACGGCUGUCUCAAGGCAAAACAAAAUGCCUUGUGGUGGAUUUUGUGGAUAGUGAAGAGACAGGAAUAAGCAUAGAUAACACUUUAGGAGGAGUAACGGUUAAAAACCCAAUUGGGAGCUUGUUUGGAGGUGGGAUACAUGGAAAUGGCUCCAAGGAUAUUCCUCUCAACAAACAACCAGAUUAUGUAGAGUUUAAGAGCUUUGAAGGUUUCAAGGAGCUUCUACAAUCAUGGAAAGCAGACAGGGUAAACUCAUCUAAACAGAUCGAGAGGCAGGUGUAUGGAACAAUAAUGAGGAGUCGUGAUCCAUGGCUCCAGAUCAGAAAGGAUACUUGGGCCAUGAGAAUAAGCUCUAGUCAUUAUUAUAAGAUCGAUAUAGAUCGUAAAAAGCAGAUUGCCAAGUUGAUCUAUGUGAGCAUGGUGCCAAAAAAGAUACCAACAGGGGGUAGAUUCCCCAGAUAUGUACGGAUACCAUUGAGUAAGAAUAUCGCACAGUCAGACAGCAUUGCUGAGCUUUUGAAGAAGUUUUCUGAGGAUAUUGAGAGUGACUCUCUCAAAAAAGAGGCAUACGAGUCUGCGAAUGCAAGGAGGUUCAUUUUUGGCAGAAGUAAGAUUACAUCCAAGCAGCAUGACUUCCUUCUAAAUGCAAUAAAGGAAAUAAUAAACCCAUCGAGGCAGUGUCACGUGGAUGUCGGCAAGUUUUGCCAAGUAGUAGACCGAGAAUUGGACAAGCUGUCAAAAUUUGAGGCCUCUAAUCUCAUUUCUGGAUAUACGAUUUCCAGGAAGAAAACGCUUGAAAUAUGGGUGAGUAAGAAAAUCUUGAACACGAAGAAGAAGAGAUUGGAUUUAAUGGAGGCACCACCACCUCCUCCUCCUGAAGAUAGUUGGAUAGAGCCAGAAUGUGAUAAAAUAGGUUUGGCAGGCUUUAAUAGACAAUCACGGAAAUAUUGA